AUGCCAUUUGUACCACAAGAAUCCACAGUGCUGACAUUUUCGCUUCUUUUGGUGGUUAUGAUCAUAUCCACCAGCAACACUUGCGCAUGGACAACACAAGACUUGCCCACACCAUUCACCACUCGAAAUUGUCCCCUUCUGAACCGAACACGACAAAUUGCUUCCUCUUUCUACGGACUCAACAAUAGUUCCGCCACUACUUCUCUCUUCAAUUACACACAAGAUAUGAUUCAAAAUUAUGAGUUGUAUCAUUGUGAUGCGGUGUUCAACACACAAUUUAAUGAUACGGCCAUUGAAGGAAUCAAAAUCUUUGAUUAUACCUACACGAUUGUGGACGUGACUCUCUCGCAACAAACAUCUUAUUGUCAAUACAUUCUCAAUUCAAGAGAGUUGUUCGCUCAAACACUUCAGCUCUUUCCUCAUUUCAAUAACGCCACUCUGAUGAAAGCGCUCUUCAUUCCAUAUUUGGAAACUCUAAUGAUGGAUCAACAAAGAAACUAUUCAAUCCAACGAACAUUCUAUACAAAAGGAUUUACCAACAAGUAUUCAGUUUCGUCAAAUAACGUUUUGAAUUUACAAGAAUUGGUGAAUGCAUUCAACUUCUUUUUAUUUUGUAAUCAAUCCAAUCCAUAUUUUGAAAUAUUCCAUACUCAAACACUUCCAAUGAUCGCUUCAUUGAGUGAAUAUACAUAA